AUGGCUACUGAAGCUCCCAAGAACCCUGUGGUCGCAGAGGCCCAUGAGGUCGACACCUUCCGUGAGUCUGGCCGAACAACCAAGAUGCGUGCCCAGCAAUGUCCAGGACAGUCAUCGCUAAACGAACCGUCUACAGACCCCCCAGAGAAGAUGCUGGCUAAGCAUCCCAGCAAGCCUCAUCUGAGUGGCCUCGAGGAAUACCAACAACUGUACAGGGAGUCGAUCACCCAGCCCGACCAGUUCUGGGGCAAGAUGGCUCGAAGCCUCCUCAGCUGGUCCAAGGAUUUCCAGACGGUCCACGCCGGAAGCCUCCUGAACGGAGACAACGCCUGGUUCGUCGAGGGCGAGAUCAACGCCUCGUACAACUGCGUCGAUCGCCAUGCCAUCAAGAACCCCGACAAGCCCGCCAUCAUCUACGAGGCCGACGAGCCCGCCGACGGCCAGAUCCUCACCUACGGCGAGCUUCUGCGGGAGGUCUGCAAGUGCGCCCACGUCCUGAAGGCGAUGGGUGUCAAGAAGGGCGACACUGUUGCCAUCUACCUGCCCAUGAUUCCCCAGGCCGUCAUCGCCUUCCUGGCCUGCGCCCGCAUCGGCGCUGUGCACUCCGUCGUCUUUGCCGGGUUCUCCUCCGAUUCCCUGCGCGACCGUGUUCUCGACGCCAAGUCCCAGGUCGUCAUUACCACCGAUGAGGGCAAGCGUGGCGGCAAGCUCAUUGGCACCAAGAAGAUCGUCGACGACGCCCUGAAGCAGUGCCCCGACGUGCGCCAUGUGCUUGUCUACAAGCGCACCGGUGCUGACGUCCCCAUGACCAAGGGCCGCGACCUGUGGUGGCAUGAGGAGGUCGACAAGUGGCCUGCGUACAUCCCUCCGGAGCGCGUCAACUCCGAGGACCCUCUCUUCCUUCUGUACACCUCUGGCUCCACCGGCAAGCCCAAGGGUGUGAUGCACACCACGGGUGGCUACCUUACCGGCGCUGCUUGCACCGGCAAAUAUGUCUUCGACAUCCAUGAUAACGACCGAUUCUUCUGUGGAGGUGAUGUCGGCUGGAUCACUGGUCACACCUACGUUGUCUACGCACCCCUGCUUCUGGGUGUUGCCACCGUCGUGUUUGAGGGCACUCCUGCGUACCCCAACUUCUCGAGGUACUGGGACAUUAUCGAGAAGCACCAGGUUACCCAGUUCUACGUGGCUCCCACGGCCCUCCGUCUUUUGAAGCGCGCAGGCGAUCAGCACGUGCACGGCGGCAUGAAGCAACUGAGGGUGCUGGGCACUGUCGGCGAACCUAUCGCUGCCGAGGUGUGGAAGUGGUACUUUGAGGUUGUCGGUAAGGAGGAGGCUCAGGUCAUCGACACAUACUGGCAAACCGAGACUGGAAGCCACGUCAUCACGCCCCUUGCUGGUGUGACUCCCACCAAGCCCGGGUCGGCGUCUCUCCCCUUCUUCGGCAUCGAGCCGGCCAUCAUUGACCCUGUCUCUGGCGACGAGAUUCACGGCAACGACGUCGAGGGUGUUCUCGCCUUCAAGCAGGCAUGGCCUAGCAUGGCCCGCACUGUCUGGGGCGCCCACAAGCGCUACAUGGACACUUACCUCAAUGUCUACAAGGGCUACUACUUCACCGGAGAUGGUGCUGGCCGUGACCACGAGGGCUUCUACUGGAUCCGCGGCCGUGUCGAUGACGUUGUCAACGUCAGCGGUCACCGUCUGUCCACCGCCGAAAUCGAGGCUGCUCUCAUCGAGCACCACGCCGUUGCCGAGUCCGCUGUCGUCGGUGUGGCCGAUGAGCUUACCGGCCAGGCUGUCAACGCCUUCGUCGCCAUCAAGGAGGGCAACGCUGCCGACGAUGCUCUUCGCAAGGAGUUCAUCCUCCAGGUCCGCAAGAGCAUCGGUCCCUUCGCCGCACCCAAGGCUGUCUACAUUGUUCCCGAUCUGCCCAAGACUCGAAGCGGCAAGAUCAUGCGCCGUAUUCUGAGGAAGAUCCUGGCUGGUGAGGAGGACCAGCUUGGUGAUAUCAGCACUCUCUCCGACCCCUCGGUCGUUGAUAAGAUUAUCCAAGUGGUGCACGAGUCCAAGAGGAAGUGA